AAAUCCUUCUCUUGAAGUGGAUUGGCUUGGUGGUAUUAUGCCCUUGUUGAUGGGUCGACAUCCAUGCCUUGUCGAUCACCUAAUGUCAUUGCCACACCAAGAUUCCUUUCCAUAAUCAGAGAGCUUCAUGCAGGAGGACCUCAAUCUCCCUUGUUCAAGCCCAUGGAACAGUUGAUGAUCUUUGCAGCUCCUUAGUGUCACGAACGGUCGUCGCGCACCCGCAACAACUCCGUUCAACGAACCGUUCGUCGCUCACACCCGCAUGUUUUUAAUCAGCAAUGGCAGCAUACACAGAUCCUAUGAUGUCAACUAAGAGUCAAGAACAAACUGAGAGUUUAUGAGAUCUCCCAAUUACCUUUAUCUCUUCAGUUUCUCGAUCACGCGCCUUGCCGUGGCAUUUUGUCGAACAGAGCGGCCGCAUGGUGGACGUCGCCACAUUUUACUUGCAUUUCGCUGGGAUGACUGGGGACGAAGACGGAGGGGGACUGCCGCCAGGCGAGAUCAAGCGGGCAGAGAGUUGAGCUCCGAGUGUGGGAUUGCGCGAGUUGGGCCAAAAUCGUGGGGUCCGUCACCAUUGGUGGGAGGUGAAACAGGGCCUUCGAGGCUCCCUGUAGUCUCCACAUCCGCGGCCGACGCAAGAUGUGAGAACAUCGCACCAUCAGCUUGUUAUUAGGAGAUGGAAGUCACCGUCGGACAAAACCUUUUUGCAUUGUCUUGAUGUAUGAUGAAAUCAAAACCUCACUUCGAUGAUGAAACUGUUCCGCCAUCCUUUUUUACGGUACAGAAGUAUCACCACAACCCAAAUUACCAACUCGGGUGGUCAAACCGUGACAUCCAAUGCAGCACGUAAUGUGUUUGUGAAAUUGUAUUCAAUGAUUCAUUUUGAUUCUGAUCGCCUAACGGUGCCAACCCAUCCUUACUCACACGAAACCGUCUCUCCGGUCUCAGUUGGUUCCAACCCCCAUUGAACGCUUUCAGACGGUUAGGUCCAACUCACACGAAACCGUCUCUCUCUCUCUACCUUUCGUCGAACGCCUUGUUUCUUACCGGACAUAAUCCCGCUUCUUCAUCCAGUAGCUGCAGGAGUACUUGUCUUCGCCAGCAAUGGAGAAUCUCUGCCUCGACGUCAACUCCACGUUGCAAUACUCCUCGACCUCCGACUCCCCUCCGGAAUCCAGCUCCCCGUCCUCUUCUGUCUACCAAACAUCCCCUCCUCCGCCCGUGAAAGCCUCGAACAAGCUGGUCGUGACCAAUCUCUGCUACACCGUCCUGCCCGAGGCCAGUCUGAUCCGCUCGUGCUUCCGUCGCAAACAUGAGCCUCGCGCGGUGGAGGUCCUCAGAUCAGUUUCCUUCGUUGCCAACAGCUCGGAGAUCCUCGCCGUCGUCGGACCCAGUGGCGCUGGGAAGUCGACCCUUCUCCGUGUCAUCUCCGGCCGUUCCGGUAGUUCGCUUUUCGAUCCGAGAAGCAUCUCCCUCGGCGAUCAUCCUCUGACGAGCUCAGCCCAGCUGCGAAGGAUCUGUGGCUUCGUCACCCAGGAGGACAAUCUGCUUCCCCUCCUCACCGUGAAGGAAACGUUGAUGUUCAGUGCCAAGUUCCGGCUGAAAGGGAUGAGCGAGAGAAAGAUGGAAGAGAGAGUGGAGGGACUCAUCCGAGAACUGCGCCUCGAACAUGUAACCGAUAGCUAUGUCGGGGACGCGGAGACUAGAGGGAUUUCCGGAGGAGAAAGGAAGCGGCUCUCCAUCGGCGUCGACGUGAUCCACGACCCGCCCAUCCUCCUCCUCGACGAGCCCACGUCGGGCCUCGACAGUACCUCGGCGUUGCAGGUGGUUCAGCUACUCGCUUCCAUGGCCCGAACAAGGCAGCAGAUCCUGAUUCUAACCAUACACCAGCCGAGCUAUCGGAUCCUUCAAUAUGUCUCGUCUUUCUUGCUCCUCUCCCAUGGCAAGUUAGCUCAUUAUGGCAGCAUCCAAUCUCUCUCACAGACGAUAUCGCAGCUGGGAUUCAAGAUCCCUGUCCGAGUCAAUCCGUUGGAGUUCGCCAUGGAGAUCACCCAACAAUUGGAGGAUUACGGUGCCAAACACGCGACCUUUAACUGUCCCAACGAGCCAAGCCAAGAACGAUUAGAGGGAGACCACCCUGAGAGAGACGAUGGCUACUGCUCGCGGAUAGCUGAGAUGAGAACACUCAGCUGGAGGUUUUGGAAGAUAAUCUACAGAACAAAGCAGUUGUUCCUCGCCAGAACGAUGCAAGCCAUCGUUGGUGGGCUGGGACUCGGCACCGUUUACCUGCGUGUGAAGUCGGAUCCCGAUGGUAUAGCAAAGAGGCUCGGCCUCUUCGCCUUCAGCCUCAGCUUCCUCCUCUCUUCCACCGUGGAAGCACUACCGAUCUUCCUGCAGGAGCGGCGCGUUCUCAUGAGGGAGACAUCGAGGAGGAUGUAUCGGGUCUCCUCCUACAUGGUAGCCAACACCGUCGUCUUCAUCCCCUUCUUACUGGUGGUGGCGCUUCUGUUCGCAGUGCCAGUGUACUGGCUCGUAGGCCUCAAUCCCUCCAUCAGCGCGUUCAUGUUCUUCGUGCUGGCAGUCUGGAUGAUUGUGUUGAUGGCCAGCUCCUUGGUUCUCUUCCUCAGUGCAGUCUCACCGGACUUCAUACUGGGGAAUUCUCUGAUAUGCACAUUCCUGGGGAUCUUCUUCCUGUUCUCGGGAUACUUCAUUCCCAAGGACAGCAUCCCAAAGUACUGGAUCUUCAUGUACUACAUCUCCCUCUACAGGUAUCCACUGGACUUCCUACUGAUCAACGAGUACUGGAGCGUGAGAGGCAAGUGCUUCUCCUGGCUCGGUGAUGUGUGCUCUCUCACGGGUGGUGAUGUUCUAAGGGCCAGAGGAUUGGACAAGGACACCAGGUGGAUGGACGUUGGAAUCAUGUGCUGUUUCUUCUUGGCCUAUCGAGUUCUCUGUUGGCUUCUGCUGGUUAGGAAGGCUUCCAAGACCAUGCUCUGAAUCUUCCUGCUGUGUACGUUUGUGGAGUUCCUCAAAAGCUUGCAUUUUUCUGUGAUUUUGCUUCAUGUGUUCACUGUUUGUGGAUGAACAUUUCCUUUAUAUAUAUUUGUGCAGUGUAGGGAGAAGGAAGUUUCACUUUCUACUGUCGUCCUAUAUAUAUUGAUUGUGAUCAAGAAAUAUUUGUUCAGUGUCAUCAUUACAGCUUUUGCUUCUCA